UUGCAAUAGGAAGUGAGGAGAGAGCAGAGGAAGUCAUCUCUCUGCUGGAAAGGCUGUGUGGAUGACAGUGUCCUGGGGAAGGCUUACAGCCUUUUCUGGAUGGUUACAGGAGCAGUUGUGCACUUUCCGUGGAGUUUGCGAGGUGUACGUGACAAGUGCAGGUUAUGGCAAGGCAGAGCGUUAUGCAGGCAGUGCAGCUUCGAGGAGAUCAAAGACACUAGGAGAAAUGUGAGACAGAUACUCGGAUCCUGUGUGCCCAAGAAAUCGAGGCAGCCGGUGGCACAGAAAGAAACAAGGGCUGCGCUGGAAAGCUGCUCGGGGCUGAAGCGUGCAGAAGACGUCCACGCAGAGAUGAGCUCCCGGGAAGUCAUCAUGUGUGGCAAGGAAGAAAACCAAAGGAAAUGCCACAUUUCUGAACAAGAUUGGAAAAGUCACGUCCCCCUGACUGAGGACAAGGCGAGAAUCGCAGAAGCAGCAAGGCAGAGCGCGCUGGAGAUCCUGAGAGACGCCCUGAAGAAGAAGGACCGUGUGCUCAUGGAGACGCCCCAGGACCUGAUUUCCUGCGACUCCGAACAGCCCUCAUUCUGGAUGGAGCGCUACGCGGUCGUGACGGAGCAGCGGGUGAGAGACCUCAUCUCCGUGCUGGAGGAAGCCAAGUUCAUGGAGGAUCCUUCCAGGGAGAAGACUUAUGCAUAUGUUUAUUCAAAAUCUGUAGACAAAACCAUUUAUUUGUGCCCGCUCUUCUGGGAGGCUCCGAGGCACCUUGCCAGAGGUUCCCAGCCAGGGCUUUUAAUCCGCGAGGCCUCGCACUUCCUGGGCGCUCGUUACAUUGCUGAGGAGCCAGACAGCAUCGAUGUUGCCUGCAAGGGGCUGCUGGUGAAAAACAACUCAAGAGACCCAAAUAGUCUAAAAUUUCAUAAUUUGGUGACUGCAGUGUUAAAUGCCAACAGCAUUCAGUAUGAGUUUGAAGUGACCCUGUGCCACCGGGGAGACUACGAGGAGGGGAGAUACUCCUGCUGCGGGGAGACGGCGAGGAGCUCCGUCUGCGAGAGCGGGGUGCCCGACGAGUUCUUCACUUCUCUGAACAACCAGAGCAUCUCAGCAAGAACGAGCAUUCCUGAAAUACUGAGGGGAAAGCUGCUGCCGGCCCGGGACAGACUGCAGCGGCACGUAGCAGCGCUUCGGACAAUUGCUGACACCGUGGAUGCGGCGCACAGAGGAAUGAAGAAAGCAAAGAUUAUUGGAGGCAUUUUCGGCAUUGUGGGUGGGAUCACCACCAUCAUGGGGCUCUCCCUCGCCUCCAUGACCUUCGAGACAUCGCUGGUUUUCUGUUUCACGGGGCUCGGUGUCUCCUUGGCAGGUGGCCUGACCAGUGCUGUAGCGAUCAGCAGCAACAUAUCGCAGAGCCAAGACAAGAAGGAAGAGUUCAACGGGCUCCUGGACCGAUGCGAGGCUGAGGUGCAGCGAAUCAAGCAGUACAUGGAGUACCUCUCAGUCCGGGUGCAAAGGGCCAAAGAAGCUGUCAACAAGACUGAUCGGCUGUUUGCAAUCCCACAGAUCGGGGCAGCAGCAGGGCGUGCUGCUUUCAAUGCUGCAAAGAUGGUCAGAGCUGGAGAGCUGCUGGGUAAAGCCGGCCACAUCACACAAUUAGCAGGAACUCCCACGCGCACCAUGACAAACUUCAUGCUGUGCCUGGACAUCUUCUUUGUAGCCAAGGACUCCGUAGAGCUCCUCAAAGGCACCAAAUCGGACCUGGCAGCCAAGAUCCGAAAGGCAGACGCUGAACUUGAGCAAGUGAUUGAGCAAGUCGACAACAUGAACAAGAUACUGACUGAAUGAAGCCAAGAGACACUGAAAAUCACAGACAAAUAAUGGGCCCAGGUCCAUGGGGACAGAGCAUCAACACUCAACCUCAGCCCGUGUCACCGGGACCCAAGACCUUCCGUAAUUCUGUGCUCAUGGCUAGAAAGGCUAAUUUACCAGGCCUCAAGUUAAGCCUUAGAUUGCUUAGUUACUGCUAGUGUCUGACGAACUUUUCUGCUGUGCAAGUUACAGCAGGUGCCAACAGCGCACUCGCUAAACUUCUAACUUUGCUUUUGACAUCGGUCUUCUUGUCCCAGUUACUCGCUUUUCUGAUCCAUUGAGCCCUUUUAUGAUUCUGGGCUCAACUCAGGGCAGUAUUUUAUGAGUGCUGAGAAGUUUGGUUUGGCAUCUGGCUUCUGCGCUUGUUGAGAAAACCAGCAAGCACCUGGAUACUCCUCCAGCCCCCUGGGGAGACACCAGAUGUGCAAACCUCAGAAACAGCUGCACCAAGCUCGCUGAAAUCUUGGUUGUUUUGUUGAGCCCAUCAGGAGCCAGGGACGCCGGCAUCACCCACUCAAUUCUCUCCUGCAUCGCACACCAUGAAGGGCCACCGAAGCCUCUCCAAAAGUGCAGAGUCCAGAAGUCGCAGGUGUACAGAAUAUUUCAGCCCUCAAAACUGGAAGCACUGGCCGGGGCAGAGAAUGGAGAGACCACGGUGCCACAAACACCCAUGUUCCUUGCAACAGCAGAGCAGGAAACUGGUCCGGGGGGACACAACCCAGCAAGCCCAGCAGAUGAGCAGCACUCCACACUGCAGAGAAGGGCGAGAAACUGCCGAGAUCCCUGGUAGCCCAUCCUGGGGGAGUCUCCAUCCCCACGGGGCAGUCAGAAUGACUCAGAGCUCCUAUGGCAAUUUGCCUGGGGCACACAAGACCGGGGGGAUCUGAACUGCAAGGCCUCUGGGCUUGAGGAUUGCACAUAAGAAGCCGGCCGUGGGCUUGGGAGUAUCUGCAAUGCAAGAGUGAUGAGUCUGGGAGGGAGGAGACGUGCCGGUGGUAGCACCACGCAGACCUGAACGACUGAGCUCCGCUCUGAGCUUUGCCCAGACGCACGCACGGGCAGGGGCAGCUCUGCUCCGUGGAUGGAACUGAUUUGGCUAACUUGACCUGAGACAUGAAAUUAAAGGAAAAAUAGCCAGUGCAUGAGGCCCGCAGGGUUACCUGCCUGCUCUGCGUUCCCGAGGGAACCCUGGCACCCAGCUUGCUGGACUUACAAAGGACUUCUUUUAUCUCCCCCCCUCCACCCCCCGACACGCCCCUCAUUUAACCAGGGCUAAGCAGAAAAACGGUUAAUAGGCAUCUCGGGCCGUACAGUCCCUGGUCCCGCGAUGGGAGGCUUAUUUAACUUGAUUGGCUAAAACCCGGUUGCCUGGUUCGGGAAUGCUGAGGCAAGAGACCAAGUCCGAGGGGGGACGGGCAACAUUUAACAAUGGUUCAGGGUUCAUCACGGCGUCCAGCCCGUUGGAGCCCUGACGACGAAUACUGUCAUACUUUUCCCGGGAUGACUGGUGGAAGUCCUCCCGCAGCGUUUAUGAACACCCCAAGUCAUCAAUCCCCUUAAGUCUGUUAAAAGACUGCAGUAAGAUCCGAAAGUCAUGCUGAGCUGAGGCUUAUUCACAAGAGGUAAAAUACAAAACCCUGAUGCUGACUUCCCAGUGCAAGCAUAGCUAGGCCACCUGAGAAGCCCUUCCAGUAUAUCUUCUGUCGUCAUAAUAAUUUCCGGCUGGCUCCUCGGUGUCUGGUUACUCCCUAAAACUUUAUGUUUUUCCUGGUUGUUCAUCAGUUUCUUGAGAUGAUCCAAACUAGUUAACCCCUUGUCACUGAAGAAGGUAAUUCAUUCAAAUUGAAACUGUUUCUAUAACAGGAUCUUCCCUGUCAAUGAUGGCCUGAGUUCCUCUUAAUUGACACAAUUAAAAAAAAUGCUUUAAAGAG